UAGCUGGGAAACAAGGCCAUUAUUCCUGAACAGAAUAAAAGUUUUAUUAUAUAUUUUUUUAAUGUAAAAGUGCCCGUCCUUAUUAAACAAGCAGCUAGUUUGAUGUUAAUUGCGAGACGCGCUCGUGUGAAGCUCGUCUGAUCGCGUCAGUGCGCUAAUUGCCGUCGCGUCGACUUAAAGAGUCAUUUCCCACAAAAGGGAAUCUAAUUAUUUUCUUUUCUCUUUCACGUUAUCCGCCAACAUCACCUUAUUCGCACGUGGGUGGCAAGCGCGCGGCCGCCUCUUUGAACUCCGCGCUCGUGAAGCGGCUAUAAAAGCGGCGAAGUUUGGCUUUUGCGCAUUUUGUCGCGGAUAUGGCGCAGAUCGACGUCGAAGCGUUCACCGCGCAGGUUCUGUCCCAGUGGGACUGGAGCGGAGAGGACAGCGCGUUCGGAGACGCGUCCUCGCCGGAGUCCGCACGCAAAGACGAGCAGCAGAAGCCCAAAGUGAAGAUGAGCGUGAAGCGGAGGAUGAAGGCCAGCGAGCGCGAGAAGCUGCGCAUGCGCAGUCUGGCGGAGGCGCUGCAUCAGCUCCGCGAGUAUCUUCCUCCGGUGUACAGCCGCAGAGCGCAGCCGCUCACCAAGAUCCAGACGCUCAAAUACACCAUCCAGUACAUCCAAGAGCUGUCCAGCAUCCUCCAGCAGCAGACCUGAGCGCGUUCCCGCGUCACGCCUCCGGGAGUGUUUCAGAAGCGUCGCGGCGGCGGAAACAUUGUGUCGUUUUGUGACAUUGCGGGAAUGUUACUUCCGAGCUGAACAUUUCGGAAACGUUUGAUGAACGUCCAGCUUCUGAGAACAGUGAACGAACGCUGCUGGAAUUUUAACGUUCUGAGAACGUUCCCCAGCUGCUGCUGCUGCUGUACAGAUUCAUAUUUUUCUGUGUUUGUUUGUUUGUUCAUCCACUCAUGAUUUUAUUCGGAUGUAAAUAUUUCUUGCUGAUGCUUGAGUGGAGUGUCGGUGUCUAAUAUCAAGAGUGUCUUUUAAACUGGAAUAGUUGAAUAAACGCUUUGUUCGU